UCUCCAUGAGUUCAGACGUAUCGAGUCCUCAGAGAAUGCAGACGGAAAUGGAUGCAGCGAAGGAGAGUGGAGCGUCAACACAACAGCCCACACUUGCGGCCUUUCUGGUUGGAGAUUCGAUUGGAUUCGUUCCAAAGCCAUGGCCGAAAUCGAAAUUCAAAGAAGCUCUAGUGGACACUCUCAAGGAUUUUGGAAAUCCAUGGGUUUUCUGUGAAUGCAUAGAACCAUCAAACCCUGAAAAUGAAGAUAAUCUAAAACGAAAGACCAAAGGCUGUUCACGGUCACCAAGCUGGCCAUGGACGCCUGGAAGGAGUGUACGGAAUGCAUAGAAACGUCAAACCCUGAAACCAAAACGAAAGACCGAAGGUGGUUGACGGUCACCAACCUCACCAUGGACGCCAGAGAGGAGUGUAGGGAAAUGCUGAAAUCGAGCGAGAAUCAGGACACAGUCAAGUCUGAAGACGACACAAACACGUUCUGCUUGAUGGGAAUUACGGAAAAGUCGGAUAAGUAAGAAGGGCCAGAGGUACUGACGAAGAUUCCUGACCAUUUAAAACAAUUGCUUAAUGACAAAGAAAAGAAACAGUUGAACAAUGUUUUUGAAACAAUGCUCUUCUUAGAGGAAAAAUUGUCUGCAAUUAUGAUUACGCCACUGAAAUUGAAUAAAAAUUCAGGAAAACAAUUCAGUAAGUAUGAACAU